UGCAGCAGACUUCAUAUGCACUGCAUACGACCGGGUGGGUCACGUAGGCAGCCUCCUUUUUGAGCCUAGAUCAAAGUUUGAAAACUCUCUGGCCCAUAUUCACCCAGCUCAAAAGUGAACUGUUUGGAAUGAGUGAAGAAGAAACACUUCCAACAACUCCAAUGGCCGAUGUGAACAGGAAGCAAGACAGGCCAGACGAAACAUUGACUGUAACCAAACAGAAUCGCAGCCUCAAUCGCAGACCAGCAACAAAGCGACGUACAUGUAUGCAGAAGGCUUCCCCCCCAAAAUGGAAGACAACGAAUGCCAACACCAGUGGUCAACUACUCAAGGGACGACAGCCAAAUGGCAAGGACCACCGGCACACAGUGAACUCCUCACAUUCGCUCAGCUGCACUGAAUAUGCUCGACAGUGGUCCUCUGGAGCCAGGAAGCUUGCAGGCAGCAGCAGGGAAACGGCUGGGCUCAUCGAGUCAAGAACUGUAGCCAGACUGAAUGCUGAACUUGAGGUGUACAAGCAGGAAAAUCGACAGCUCAGAGCCAGGCUGGCAGAAGCUAUCAAUUUAAAAGAAAUGGAGAAAACACUGAGAAUGACCCUGCACAGUUUUGGAGUGCCGACUCCUGACUCCCCAAGAAACGCCUGCCACUGUAGUCAAGGCUAUGAGCUACCCUGGCAAUCCGAACCUGAGCUUCCACAGAUAAUCUCAUCAAAUGAUGAGGAGGAAGAGAUGAUUACAGAGUUCCCAGGAGCCAUACCAUCCCAAAUGCCAACCACAAGACAGCGAGAUGAGAGAGCAGCGCAGCCGCUGCAACAUUCCCAGCUGCAGCCGCAAUUGCUGCUGCAACCUCACAGCAAAGAUGCACGUACUGGCACCCUCCACCCAUCAACCCUGGGAAAUGCUCUGCAAGACUACACAAAUGCUUCCAAGCAUGUGGCAGAUUCUCCAGCUACCAACAUUGAGCUCGUCCCCUCCAGUGGCAUCUUUGUGAACUCCACCCAGCUGGGCUCAAUUGCCUUUAAGAAGAACUGGAGUUACACCCUACUGACGCGCAGCCUGAUGCCCAUGGUCUUCAGCAAGGAGGAGAUGGCAGCCAGCUGUGUGCGGGGGGAGCGGGCUACAGGCAAGGGCUCCCUCAACUCCCCUCCUCGUCCAGCACUGGAUCAGGCCAAAGUCGAGGCUAUCAUAAAAUUUGUUAGCAGCCAGUUCCCGGAUGUCCAACCCUACCAGAUCACGCAGACUAUGAACCAGAAGCUUGUGGAUGUCAGAGGCACCAUCAGAAAGAGGAAACAGGUGGUCAAGUUGUGAGGUCAAACAGUGACGAGGUGCUCUAUGAUAACUUAAGCAGGGAUUUGGGUGACAUACAUAAGUACAUGUACCUGUGCACACACAUACCUUUCCCGCAAUUGUACGUUAGUUGCAUAGGCAAGUUCAAACGUUGACUGUAAUACAAAUAUUGACUGCUUCGAAUGGUGUGAUAAAAAAGCCUCCUGAGGUGAUCCAUAGAGAAUUCUGUUUUCCUGAGGCGAAGCCGAACGAGAGUAGAAUGCUCCAUGAAUCACAGAGGGAGGCUAGUUUUACUAUAUCAUUAGAUAAAGUUGGUGAUAUUUGUUUUUAUAACAGUGUCCCACAGAUUCUGCUUGAUUAAAGGGAUACCUGAUUAAUUUGAUCUCCAGGUAACUACGUAUGAAAAUACCUCUAUUCGAAUAAGAAAUUUGUUGAAAAUUUACAUGUACAAAGAUUUUUCCAAACUACCUCUUCACAACUGUUUGAACCCUGCUCUGGAACGCUAGUGCCUUGGAAUGCACAUGACACGCAAUGCACACACCAGUAUGCAUUUGCACACAAUGCUGGUGGUCAUUAAGUUCUUUGGUUGCUAUGGGUGGAGUGCUUUAGUAGAUACGGGUAUACAUGUAGUUCUUUUGCUCAUGCACAACAGAAAAGUUAAAAUAGAAAAUGCCAUGUGACUGGUUCUCAGCCAAUCAAGAUACAGAAUCUGUGGGUGAGGUGUUAUAAAGUUAACUACAUGUAUGUGUACAUGCAUAUAUCUUGACCAACAUUGCUGGAAUGAUGGAUGAUUUUGACCAACUAGGGCAAGUUAAGGUGCAAACUAGAGUUCGACCAACAGUCAACUGCUACAAUGCCCAUGCGCAAAAUUUUAAGUUACAUUCAAAUGACCCUAGUUGGCCAACAUGUAUUCUAUAAAAUUUCAUUGUUACUAACAUUUCGCCAUUGGCUGCGAUUCUAUAACAAGGCUGCUGUAUCACUGUAUUUUCAAAUGCCCCGGGUACCAAAUGUUUCCCCGAGCAGCAGCUGCCAUUUAUCUCAGGAGCCAAUUUCACAGACAUUUGCUGAGCAAAGAAAAUAUUAGAUAAGCAAAAGCAGGUUAUCAACUAAAGUAUCAUGCAGUGUACGGGUAAAUGAAGUGUGACUGGUUCCCAGCCAGUUUUGUCGUCUAAUGCAUCACGGGUCUCCAAAACAUUGUCAUCUACCUCUGGAUUUCGUUCUUUUAUAAUACAAAUUGUAUACAUGACUUGGUAUUAAAUUUCCAUGCAAAGCACCAAAAAAAAUAGAAGUUUACUCCACAAUGUUUUGCCUUUGGUUGACAAAGAAAUUUUCAUACCUGUUGUUCUCGUCCGGAUGGUAAAUCUCCAAGAUGUCCCCUACUUGGAUUCCGGGAAAUUCCUUCGGAUUGAGAAUCAGCUCCUCCUCUGAAAUUGGGGGGGAUGUAUAAAUCAGGACUUUUACUUUUUAAUCACAGUUUUAUUCUUGAAAAAUUACUUCUUUAAAACAUCUUUCAUUAAAGUACUUACUCUUAUCUUAAUGCAGAGACAUUUCUGAAAUAUAUCUUUCUCAAAGCAGAGACAUUUCUGAAAUAUAUCUUGAAAAACGACUUUGGACGCACAUGUACAUGUAGCUUUUUUCUCCUUCUGUAAAACUUACUAAAUGUUUUUAUGUUUGCCAAGUAACCUAUCAGUUUACAAUGGAAGAGGAUGUUAGUAUGUUGAAUUGUAUACAUGGUAUAGGGACAAUGAGUAAGCUGCAUGUAACCAGGUAACCAUUCCCCAAGUUAAAUUAAUAAAGUUAUACAAUUUGCCAAGUAACAAAAAAACUCGCAGGUGGGGUGAUACAUGUACAUGUAGAUUACUUUCUUUUUAAUUGUUUAUUUUGUUAAAAAAAUUUUUGGGGGGAGGGCUUUGCGGUUGUGGCCAGCGGCCACACUAGCAUGUACUUUUUGGCACCUCUUUCAGAAUUCUGCCAUCAAAAUCUUUAUUGCUGUGAAACCUAGACUGCAGCAAUGUCUUAAGAAGUAAAAAUUUCUUACUUUAAUUUAGCAAACUUCCUUGUGGCAUUUGUGUUUCUUUAACUUUGACCUUUAAAUGGUGUUUUAUCAUUAUCAUCUGCCGUGUUUAGUGAUUGUGAUUUUAUUUGCAGUACAGUUCAUUUAUGGUUUGUAAAGAAUGGUUUUGAUAAUGCCAUAGUUGUACAAUCCACUUUGACAUUGACAAUAAAACAUCAUUCUGUAAAUUUUGUUAUCAAGAGGCCAAUUUACAUAAAUUUCCAACCACCAAGCA